CAUGAUCAUGCCGGCCACCAAGCGAUGCACAUUCCUUCUUUCCACACCCACCCACCAAAAGCAUUCUUGUUCCCUUUACCACUCUUUGUACACUCACGGUCACACCCAUUUUCUUCCAGAUCCAAGGCCCAGCGACCUGUCUCCCCUGUCUGUGCGCCACUGCUUCCUCUGCUUCGCAUCCAGUCCCGCAGCCGCCGUGUUCUGCUGUUCCCUCCACCAGGACCGAAGCAUCAAGGUUGUUCCAGAGGUGGUGACGGGCGACAAAGCUUGCUCCUACAGUCCUACUCCUUCUCCUACCCAUGGAGGUGGUCACGGGUGCCAUGGGCAACCUGCUCCCCAAGCUGGGCGAGCUGCUCAUGGAUGAAUACAACCUGCACAAGUGCGUCAAAAAAGAUGUUGAGUUCCUCCGGAAGGAGCUUGCGAGCAUGCACGCUGCGCUUAUCAAGGUUGGUGAGGUGCCAAGGGACCAGCUCGACAGGCAAGUAAAGCAUUGGGCCGACGAGGUCAGAGAGCUGGAGGAUGUCGUUGACAAGUUCCUCGUACGCGUCGAAGGUAUUCAGCAGCCUCACGACAACACCGGCAGAUUCAAGGAGCUCAAGAGCAAGAUGUUAGGCUUGUUCAAGAAAGGCAAGAAUCACCACCGGAUAGCUGACGCCAUAAAGGAAAUCAAGGAGCAACUCCAGGAGGUGGCUGCUAGGCGUGAAAGGAACAAGCUCGAUGGUAUUGCUCCUAAUCCUGGCGAAGCAGUUGUCAUCGAUCCUUGUCUCCGUGCUCUGUACAUAGAAGUGACAGAGCUCGUCGGCAUCUAUGGGAAGAGGGAUCAGGACCUCAUGAGGCGUCUCUCCUUGGAGACCAACGAUGAUGCCUCUAACAAGAGACUGAAAAAGGUCUCUAUCGUUGGAUUUGGAGGGUUGGGCAAGACCACUCUUGCCAGAGCAGUAUACCAAAAGAUUAAAGGUGAUUUUGAUUGUGGGGCAUUUAUCUCCGUCGGUCGGAACCCUGACAUCAAGAAGGUUUUCAGGGAUAUCCUGAUUGAUCUCGGCAACUCUCACUCAGAUCUUGUGAUACUGGAUGCAAAUCAGCUUAUUAAAAAGCUUCAUGAAUUCCUAGAGAACAAGAGGUACCUCGUCAUAAUUGAUGAUAUAUGGGAUGAAAAAUUGUGGAGCUACAUCAACCUUGCUUUCUCUAAUAGUAACAAUCUAGGCAGUCGGCUAAUCACCACAACCCGCAAUCUCGAUGUCUCCAAAUCAUGUUGCUCAUCGGCUGAUGAUUCAAUUUAUCAUAUGAAACCUCUUUCUAAAGAUGACUCCAGAAGGCUCUUCUAUAAAAGAGUAUUUGCCGACGAGAAUGGAUGUCCAAAUGAAUUUGAACAAGUGUCUAAAGAUAUUUUGAUGAAAUGUGGUGGGGUACCACUAGCCAUCAUUACAAUAGCUAGUGCUUUGGAGGUGAAACUAAAGAGUGAAUGGGAUAUUCUGCUCCAAUCCCUUGGCUCUGGACUAACAGAAGAUAACAGUUUAGAGGAGAUGCGGAGAAUACAAUCUUUUAGCUAUUAUGAUCUACCUUGUCAUCUGAGAACUUGUCUAUUGUACCUAUGUAUAUAUCCAGAAGAUAGCGAGAUUGAUAGAGAUAGACUGAUAUGGAAGUGGGUGGCCGAAGGAUUUGUCCACCAUGGAGAUCAAGGGACUAGCCUGUUUUUGCUCGGAUUAAACUACUUCAACCAGCUCAUUAAUAGAAGUAUGAUCCAGCCAAUAUAUGAUGAUCUAGGUCAGGUACAUGCUUGCCGUGUACAUGAUAUGGUUCUUGAUCUUAUCCGCAACUUGUCACAAGCAAAGUUUGUUAAUGUAUUGGAUGGUACCGGGGAUAGCAUGUCUUUUCAAGGCAAUAAUGUUUGUCGUUUGUAUUUUCAAGAUAGAAAUAAAGAUCAUGAAGGCACACCUCUCAGAAAUUUCACGGGUAUAUCACGAGUGAGGUCCAUUACUAUCUUUACAUCUGCUAUUAAUAUCAUGCCAUUCCUAUCAAGGUUUGAAGUUCUGCGUGUACUUGAUUU